GCGACGGCCUGCAUGGCUACUGCUACUCGGUCUGGUCGAGCUGGACUCCACACCCACACGACGACCGCGUCCCACGAUCGAGCCGUCCCUCCGACCCGGUCCGGGGAAACCGGUAACGACCUCCUCUGCUUGGCUUCCCCGUCGGUUCGUCCUCGCCGCCGCCGCCUCCUCCCACGAACUACACCUCUUCGGUCCGCGACGCCGCCCAUCGAAGUCCCCCCGCCCCACCCGCUCAGGUUUCAGGACUGGAAAUCAGAGCAAUCUGUUGGGUCAGACAGGGUAGUUUCAGAAAGAGGGCAUAAUGUCUUUGGCUUGCUAAGGGACAGAACUGCAGGAGCCUUUUCAUUCCUAGGGAACCCUUCACAUCCUGAAACUCUAAACAAAUCAGCUUCAGAGGAAAGGAAAUCCAAAACAAGAAUUCUUGAUCCUCAAGGCCCAUUUCUACAGAGAUGGAACAAGAUAUUUGUGGUAUCAUGUCUCAUUGCAGUUUCUGUGGACCCAUUGUUCUUAUAUAUCCCAGUAAUUGAUGGCGACAAUAAUUGCCUGUAUUUGGAUAAGAAGUUGGAAAUCACAGCAAGUAUUCUGCGUUUUUUCACAGAUAUCUUCUAUUUGCUCCAUAUAAUAUUUCAGUUCAGGACAGGCUUUAUUGCCCCUUCUUCUAGAGUGUUUGGUCAGGGUGUCUUGGUUGAGGACACAUUUGCAAUAACAAAGCGGUAUCUAUCAAUGUAUUUUGUGGUUGAUUUCUUAGCUGUUCUACCCCUCCCUCAGGUGUUUGUAUUGGUGGUGCUACCCAAUCUCCAGGGUUCCGAAGUUAUGAAGGCAAAAAAUACGUUACUGAUUAUAAUUAUAUGUCAAUAUGUGCCUCGACUGAUCCGAAUAAUACCGCUUUACCUUCAAAUCACGAGAUCGGCUGGUAUAAUUACAGAGACAGCAUGGGCUGGUGCUGCUUUUAACCUUUUAAUUUAUAUGCUCGCUAGUCAUGGCUUUGGAGCUCUUUGGUACAUUCUUUCCAUCCAACGAGAGGACACCUGUUGGAGGCAAGCAUGUAGUAACCAUGAUGGCUGUGAUCCUACAUCUUUAUAUUGUGGGAGUAAUAUAUUUGGAAAUAAUACUUUCUUACAAAUUGCUUGCCCAACAAAUGGUACUGCCAAUCCAGACCCGAACUUUGGAAUUUUUCAACCAGCUCUCAAUAAUGUUUCACAAUCAACGAGUUUCUUUGAAAAACUAUUCUAUUGCUUUUGGUGGGGGCUGCAAAAUCUAAGCUCUCUUGGUCAGAACAUGAAAACAAGCACUAAUACAUCAGAGAAUCUGUUUGCUGUUUUUGUCUCGACAUCGGGUUUGGUUUUAUUUGCACUCCUUAUUGGUAAUGUACAGAUUUAUUUACAGUCAGCCUCUGUGCGCAUAGAAGAAAUGAGAGUGAAAAGGCGUGAUACAGAGCAAUGGAUGGCACAUAGGCUACUUCCUGAGAAUCUCAAGGAACGAAUACUGCGUCAUGAACAAUAUAGGUGGCAAGAAACAAGAGGGGUUGAUGAAGAGGGCCUUCUUGCAAACCUUCCCAAGGAUCUUAGAAGGGAGAUAAAGCGGCAUCUUUGUCUGUCACUUCUCAUGAAGGUUCCAAUGUUUGAAAACAUGGAUGAACAGCUCUUGGAUGCCAUGUGUGAUCGUCUAAAGCCCAUGCUGUACACAGAAGGCAGCUGUAUCAUUCACGAAGGUGAUCCAGUGAAUGAAAUGCUCUUCAUCAUGAGAGGAACUCUCGAGAGUAUGACAACCAAUGGCGGACAAACCGGCUUCUUCAACUCCAAUGUUCUCAAUGGUGGAGACUUCUGUGGUGAAGAGCUCCUCACAUGGGCUCUUGAUCCCACUUCAGCUUCGAACCUUCCUGGCUCAACCAGGACAGUAAAGACGUUGUCAGAAGUUGAAACUUUUGCUUUGAGGGCUGAUGAGUUGAAGUUUGUGGCCACCCAAUUCAGGCGGCUCCACAGCAAACAGCUCCAGCAUACCUUCAGAUUUUACUCACAACAAUUUAGAACCUAGGCUGCUUGCUUUAUACAGGCAGCUUGGCGCAGAUACUGCAGAAAGAAGCUGGAGGAUACUUUCUAUGAGAAGGAGAAGAGGUUGCAAGCGGCAAUUGUGAGUGACGGCUCUAGUUCGCUUAGUCUUGGUGCAGCGCUUUAUGCUUCACGUUUUGCUGGCAACAUGAUGCGGAUCUUACGGAGAAAUGCCACCCGAAAGGCUCGUUUGAAGGAAAGAGUGCCUGCAAGGUUGUUACAGAAGCCAGCAGAACCCAACUUUUUCGCUGAUGAUCCAACCGGCACAAUUUGUUAACAUGUCUUGCCGGAUCUACUUGUAUUUUUUUGGUGUUGUCACAAUUUAUGAUUGGAUGCUGUAUAUAGAUAGACCAAGUGGUCUAAAGCCGUCUAGUUUAGAUAAUGUAACUCAAUCUAUCGUUGGAUUCUUUCAGCACAUGUCAUAUUAGUUAUGCAUACUGGAUGCACAUAUUAUACGCAUUCCAAAUUAUAUUCCUACCUCUUGUGAAUACCAAAAACAGAAGAUCCUGUAAAUUUAAAUGAUCAAUUGUUUGUUAA